AUGCCUUCCAUAGCUGACGAGGAGCCCAAAGCUUCCAGCAGAUUACUUCUGGUAUCCAACAGAUUACCCAUCACAAUCAAACGAACUGAGGAUGGUCAAUAUGAAUUCACUGGUUCUUCGGGUGGAUUGGUAACAGGUUUGAGUGGAUUGGCAAAGACGACCACAUUCCAGUGGUAUGGAUGGCCAGGUUUGGAAGUGCCAGAUGCUGAAGCAAAGCCUCUGGUUAAGAGAUUGAAGGACGAACAUGGUGCUCAUCCAGUUUUUGUCGAUGAUGAAUUGGCCGAUAAACACUACAAUGGAUUCUCUAAUUCUAUCCUUUGGCCUCUAUUUCAUUACCACCCAGGAGAGAUUACAUUCGACGAGUCACAAUGGAUGGCAUACAAGGAGGUCAACAGAUUAUUCGCGAAAACGAUUGCUAAGGAUGUACAAGAUGGUGAUUUGAUUUGGGUCCACGAUUAUCAUCUUAUGCUUCUUCCAGAAAUGUUGCGCGAUGAAAUCGGCACGAGCAAGAAGAAUGUCAAGAUUGGGUUCUUCCUUCAUACACCUUUCCCUUCCAGUGAGAUCUACAGAAUCUUACCUGUCAGAGAAUCUUUGUUGUUGAGUGUCCUUCAUUGCGAUUUGAUCGGUUUUCAUACAUAUGAUUAUGCCAGACAUUUCCUUAGCAGUUGCUCUAGAAUUUUGGAAACACAAACAACACCUAAUGGUGUCGAAUUCCGUGGUAAAUAUGUCACAGUAGCUGCGUUCCCCAUCGGUAUCGACCCCGAAAAGUUCAUCGAAACUCUUAAAAAGCCAAAAGUCGAAGAGCGUAUUGCUCAGCUGGAGCGCAAAUUCGAAGGUGUUAAACUCAUCGUCGGAGUUGACAGGUUGGAUUACAUCAAAGGUGUCCCACAAAAGCUACACGCUCUUGAAGUCUUCCUCACAGAACAUCCCGAAUGGAUCGGCAAGGUAGUCCUUGUCCAAGUCGCUGUCCCUUCUCGUCAAGAUGUUGAAGAAUAUCAAAACCUCCGCGCCGUCGUCAACGAACUCGUCGGUCGUAUCAACGGUCGCUUUGGUACCGUUGAAUUCAUGCCUAUUCACUUCCUCCAUCAAUCUGUCAAUUUCGAUGAACUUACCGCUCUCUAUGCCGUUUCAGAUGCCUGUCUCGUAUCCAGUACUCGUGAUGGCAUGAAUCUGGUCUCUUACGAAUACAUCGCCACACAACGUAAACGUCAUGGUGUAAUGAUCCUCUCUGAAUUCACAGGUGCCGCUCAAUCUCUCAAUGGCGCUCUCAUUGUUAAUCCAUGGAACACGGAAGAACUUGCAGAUGCUAUCCAUGAUGCCGUCACAAUGUCUCCAGAACAAAGAGAAAUCAAUUUCAAGAAGUUGGAGAAAUACGUAUUCAAAUAUACGAGUUCAUGGUGGGGAGAAAGUUUCGUAAGCGAGUUGCAGAGGAUUAGUGAACACGCGGCGAAGAAAUCAAGCAGUAAGGGGACAGUAGAUAAGAUGCCGGACUUAGUAGAGGGGGUUCAACAAUUCAAUCUUGGGGAACAGAGAGAGGAAGGGAGAUUGGAACCGGGUGAAUUCGAUGAUUAG